AUACUCGCGCGCGAUAUUUUCGUCUUCCCUUUCAGUGGCUUUCAACUUCUUGCGGUAACCGGACCUUGGUGCACACUUCUGCGAGUUUUUAACUUUGGCGAAAUAUUUUACACAUUUGCUGGUGUGCUAUCUUCGUAUAUAAAUUGCUAAAACGUAUUUGUUAUCUACACAUAAAUUUGGCUUUUUAACAGUGAAUUGUAAAUAUCCAAAAGACGCGUGGUAUUCCUGUUUCACACAUCGCGAUUUUUUUUCCUGUGCUCCAUGAGUAUCUCGCAUUAAAGCAAGUGUUAAAAUUUCAAUAGUAUAUGUGCGUUGGAGCAGAAUUUUGUGGUUUUGGACAACGUGUUUCCACGCUCCAGCGACUGCAGAAACAAAAAUACAUAUUCAUUAGCUGAGCACAUCGACAUCGGUAAAAGCUGUAUCCCAUAAGACGUGUCAGUUGAGAGCCGGGCGUGUGCGGUGUUAUUCGAAAGCAUAUUUGGGUGGCAAAUCGUCACAACAGGCGCCAGCUUACGCACAUGUGCUUAUAUACAAAUCAACGGAUUCAUUCAUAAGAAGUUUCAAUCGAAUAAGGUACCCGGUUGGAAGUAUCCAGCAUAGAGAGAGAGAGACCCAUAAGCAAAGAUGCCACCGCAGAACGCAAUCGAGCUUACCUCAAAACCGGACUCUGAAAAUGGCACCAAAAAGGUGCAAAAUGGAAGUGCCAAUAACAUCAAACUCGUAAAGAAUGCUGAGCCACCGACGACAUCGGUUAUCGUUCCGCCGGACGGCGGAUGGGGUUGGGUAGUGAUGAUAGCGUCCUUUCUGUGCAACACCGUCGUGGAUGGUAUUGUGUUUAGUGCCGGCAUGUUCCAGGAUCCCAUUCGUCUAGAUUUUGGUGUUGGAAAAGCUGAGGUCGCAUUAGUAAGCUCUCUGCUUAGUGGAUUCUACUUACUAACUGGACCAUUUGUCAGUGCACUAGCGAACCGAUGGGGUUUCCGGCCUGUAACAAUUCUUGGCGCGGUCAUUGCUUCGAUAGGUUUCGCCUUGUCCUAUUUCGGAAAUAGCCUCGGCUAUUUAUACGUAACCUAUGGUGUAAUUGGAGGAAUCGGAUUCUGCUUCAUUUACGUGCCCUCUGUGAUAACUGUUGGAUACUAUUUCGAAAAAUGGCGUGCCCUUGCUACUGGUAUAGCUCUCUGCGGUUCUGGAGUUGGUACGUUUUUGUUUGCUCCACUUAGUUCGAUGCUAAUCAACCAAUUCGGUUGGAGAGGAGCCCUACUAGCCCAGGCCGCCAUUAUACUGUUAUGCGCAAUAUUUGGAUGUAUGUUUAGGCCUAUUAGACCAAUAGAGGUCACCAUCACUAAGGACGAAGAUACUCCGGCUGAAAAGGGAACUUUGUUGGGCGAAGGACUUCCUGUAGUAUACACCAGACCACUGCCCGAAGGACGAUUUGCUCAUUCAGUGCCCAACAGUUCGCAUAGCACAUGGAUGGGGGCCAGUCCCAACACCCAAUAUCCAACAGCUGCUGAGGUAUUUCGAGGCAGUGCUCAAAAUUUAGAACGACGCCCAUCCAAUCAGUCAGGACUACUAACAAACGAAAACAUUCAAACGACUACAAAGAAGUUAGAACAAUUGUCUAAAAUGCAGAAAAAACUCUCCGGUCAAAUAACACCCGAAGACACGAUUCAUGCUCCAAGAUUUCCACUUCCUCAUCACGAAUUGAAUACCGUAGGAGAAGCAGCAGAAGAAGAAGAGACUGAGAAUGGUGCGCUCCUCACCGGAGACCAGAAACCUGCUCCAGCCGUCGUCCCAGCAACACCAGUUCGUCAACGAAGUAAUACAGUGUCAGGCCGUCAAGGCGGAUCACGACAAGGCAGCAGGCGUGGAACGCUAACCGAUGGAAAUCGUCCUAUGUACAGAGACGACAUUUUCUUUACUGGAUCGUUAGUUAGAAUCCCGCAGUAUCAAUCACAGACAUCACUAGGAUACCAUAUGUCGGUAACCCGAUUACCCACUCAAAACGAUGUCGAAGAAACAGAGGAACAAACUUGCAAAAUAUGCCCUGAAGCGGUCAGGCGAACAUUAGCUACGAUGUUGGAUAUGUCGUUAUUACAAUCACCUUCCUUCAUGCUGCUGGCCGUAAGUGGAUUCUUCACCAUGAUGGGAUUUUUCGUACCGUUCAUGUACAUUACCCAGAGAGCUGUUUCCGGUGGAAUGGACCCACAAAUUUCGUUGUUCAUCGUUUCCGCUAUCGGUAUUUCAAACACAAUUGCUAGGAUUGUGUGCGGUUUCCUAAGCUCGUUCAAGAGUGUCAACGCUUUGCAUCUGAACAACGUAGCCAUCACAAUGGGAGGUAUUGCUACAAUGCUCAGUGGAGUUUAUAUUACUGAAGCUGCUCAAUUUACGUACGCGGGAGUUUUUGGUAUAGCCAUAGCAUGUUUCUCUGCACUUCGCUCGAUUCUCGUUGUGGAUUUGAUGGGCUUGGAAAAGCUUACGAAUGCUUUCGGUAUUUUGUGUUUGUUCCAAGGUUUGGCUGCAGCAAUCGGUGCACCUAUUGCCGGCUUCUUUACUGACCUCACUGGAAGUUACAAUGCAUCAUUCUACAUAAGUGGGGCGUUGAUAACGAUUUCUGCAGUUUUGUGCUAUCCACUAAGCAUGGUCAACAGAUGGGAGAAAAAUCGAGCAGCAAAGAAAUCCUCUGGAAUUGUGUAGGUGCAUUUGUGCCCAACAUCAUAACCGUCGCAAUUUGCACAGGAGGCCCUCUAGGCCUUUUUUUAUCAAGGCUCAGCUGUUGAGCAGCCAGGGCCAUUUACAAGAGAGAGUAAUACGAUCAGCUUAAUGGGGAAACACUGGAUGGAUAAAAUGAUCAUUGACAUCGAUAUGGGUAUGAAACGAUUAACAAAAUGAGCACGCCAAUUGGCGGAUAUUUUUUUUGGAAUGAAACAGUUUGAGACUGGUUUGUCUUACAUAAAUUUCAGUUGUUUUUAAUGUUUACUUAACUAGUAGAAAACUACAAAGUAUCAUUUUAUAUGUAAAUUAUAAAUACAAUUUUUGCCCAACCAAUCGACUCGAGAAAAUUUGUAAUUAUGCACGUGGCAUCGUCUAAAUACGAUUACAAAUAUGCAGCAAGAUCAAAUCUGUUCAAGUUCCCAGUUUCAAUUAUCAUUUUAUUCACCUAUGAGUAAUUUCCAGACCAGAGUAACCAGACUAGAACCGAAGUACUUACACAGCUUAAUCUAAUAUUGUGGCAAAAGAUACCUGUCGGGGCCAUAGGGCAAAUAGCGGCUUUGGUAGACAGUGUAUUGCCAGUUUUAGUUAAUACAACAAUUCAUUGAUUUGAUUGAUUUGACACAUUUGAACAGUUUAUAUGAUCACAAUGUAUUGUGAUAUAACUAAAACCUAAUAAGAUUGAUUUUUAUUUACGUACUACAUAAGUACAUUGCCAAAGUCAUAUUUUGCUCUAUCUGCUUAUUAACUGGACCAUUGCAAGCAAUAAUGGAUUGGCACAUUUCAAAAUAUUAAAAUAUUGAGUUUAUUAAAUAAAAUUAAAUUUUAGAUUGGAGUCAGUUAUGGAUUAAGGGAUAAAAGUUAAUUUGAACAGUAUUGAUAGAUAUAUUUUAAUAACACCCGUAUAGUAGUGCAAACUGAAAGAUUUUUUUGGAAAAUCGAUUUUUUUUAAGUCUAGAUCUAUUACGAAAUUUGUAAAAUACUUGUAGGAAAUUGGAUCAUCUGCCACUUAAUCUCAAAGAAUUUUGCCUUAUCUAUAUGGGAACAGAAUGAAUUUACAAUUUUCCAAACAUUUCUUUAUUGCCAUGUUGGCCUUGCAAGCUAGUGAGGUUAUAUGAUAAAUUGUUCCUUUUUGUAAAAGCUUUUCCCUUGUGGCUUUAAACCCUGAAUGCAGAACGAACGAUAUAUAAAUAUCCUGUUCGCUGAAAAUUAAAUUUAAGUCAUUUAUACUCCAUACUGCUUUGAUUUCGAUUGUCGUCCCUUAGGAAAAUCAUUUUAGUUUUCGUGAAGGAUUGCACAUUUAACAUUUUGCCUUAUCCUUCCCUUCUAGGGUAAGAGAGAGAGUAUUUUCAGCCCACUAAACGAUUGCUUCUAUUUCUUCGGCUUAAGCCUUGUUCUAGUGGAAGAAAUGGUGGUUUUGAUGUUCUUUCAACAAAAAACAGCAGAUUACUUACAUUUUUGAGAAAUUAGUUAUAACAUAUUAAAGUUGUAUAACGGCAAAGUUUCUAUUUAGCGAUAGAAAAGGAACAUAGGCUGAAUUUAGAAGCAUGCUGAAAAUACCCUCAUAGGGCAUGGCGUGGGCUAACAAAGCUGAGAAAUGAAAAAUGCUUUGAAUUUAUCACGGUGAGAUCUUAAAAAAUGGACGACUACUUCGAAACCCAACAUAUCAAUAACCUAUCGAAUUUAAUAUUCAUGUAUUAUGAAGAGAACGGCAGCUCUUAGUAUCAAACUAGAUGAGUUUAAAACCUGAAUAUAAACGCUAAUGUUUUUACAGGAGAUUUUGCUUUAUUGAUAUGUUUUAGCUUUGAGCAUAAUGCUUGUGGUAAUAGUUGGAUUAACAGAAUUAUUUUUUCAACCAAACUAUUUAUGGAUGGUGUAAUAUGGCGAACUAUUAGGUGAAACACAAAAUGGAGUCCAACUUUAAAGACAUCUACUUUUGCCAUUAUUGCUUGCAAUGGUUCAAAUCAUUCAUCGCAUUUACAAUCGCUGCAGUCGCUUCUUUUGGAGUUGUCUUGAAAAUAAAAGCACAGCAUAUCUUGAAAGCUAAUUCGUUCAUUAACCUGGGUAAAUGUUAACACGAACUCCGAAUUAAGGUGCGAUGCUUGACUUUUGACUUUUAUGUUAACCGCCAUAAAUGGUUGAGCACUUUGACAGCACAUUACUAUUACUUCUGAGGUACAAGAUGUGCCAGUCAUGAUGGACCAGAUUAAUAAACGAAUUGCGUAUAAAUACUAAAUUAACUGUUUGAAGUAUAUACAGUAGCAUUUCAGACUGGUACUUAGAAUAAAACGUGCUUUUCGAAUUAUAGACUAAGAUUAACUAUAUGGUGCAAUUUAGGUCUCGAGCCACAGCAUUCAUCAAAUUCAUAUUCACAAAAAGGUGCUGCAACCCUUACGGUUGAGUUUUGCUAUUUAUUCGUCAAUUUGAAAGCACUUGUUCAAUUCAUCUGUGCGUCAUGCGCAGAGGACGAUCGAUGCUUUAAAAACUUGCCGAUAUUGUUCAUGAUCACGUACUGUUUCUACCCCAUUUAACAAGAAAUUCAGGUGUGAUUUUUACCAUCAUUUGUCAAGCUUAUUUUUUAUACGCAUGAAAUUACUGUUAAAGUUCCUAUCUCCAAAAAUAAACAAUGGUUUGCCCGAUAAAAUACAACAAAAAAAAUUAUAAGCUUUUAUUUCGUUAAUAAUCAACAAUUAUAGAUCAUAUUCAACAUGUUAAGAAUACUUCUAAAGCAAUACAUUUAUGGCCAAGCUACUGUGAUGUCAGCAUAUAUAGACUAUAAUUUUAGAUAUAUUUGUUGAUAUUAUAUUUACAAACGUACAGUAAAUAUUCUCAAUCCGUAUUUUCAGCGUCGUGCUGAAAGGAUAGUCAAAUUAUAAAAUUGAGGGCAAUAGUCUGGGCUGAGUACUUCAAUGUCAAUAUUUUGCAUUUUGCAUAGUUCAGUAGUAAACAUAGUUCAGUGAUCACUAGUGUUAUUAAUUCCAAACUGAAGAACGUAGCACGAACAAUAGCCAUAUAUCAUUCCCAAUGAUUAUUUAUGUGUGCAUGAAAUGCAAAACUCGAUACGUGUCGAAAAUAUAAAAAAAAACUAAAAUAGUGGUGGUAUUUCAAGGCGUAAAUAGAAAGUUAUAAUUACAGUUAAUAUUAUGAUGAGUAGAAUCUGGUGUAAGGGUUGGUCAAAAAUCUGACGCCGGGUAGAGCUUUUUUUUUGGUGGAGGGUUGGAGAGGAAGUCUCUAUUAUGACAGUUAGUAACUUUUACUGCUGAAUUUUUACAUUGGACACUUUAAAUUUUUGAUGCUUAUUAUAAUUAUAUGAACAUAAUUCUGUUUUGGCAUUUCCAUACACCUCAUUCUGCUCAUCAUGAGUUACUACAACAGAAACCUUCUUGUCGGCAACUAAUUAUUAGACCAUAGCUUUUGUCCACCAAAUAGCAAACUGAAGAGUAAAAGUAAAUAGUAGCAAUCAGUAAUAAAUACACCGUUUAAUAAUAAGUUUAAUUUCCUUCCACUCAGAUUAAUACAUCAGUUCAUAGGAUUGUUCCCCAAGUCAUAUUAAACAAAAACCUCUAAUUUUUUACAAACUUUACAUUACGAUUGCCGCCAAUAACACCAUUUUUACAAGCCACCUCAUGGUACUGCAAAUGAUAAAAACCAUAUAAUUGACUGAACGAGAUUUGAAGACAUCCUUCUAAAAAAAAUAGUUAUUUAAGCUACUAAGCCAUGCAAUUUUAGGAAUAAGAUUAUGAUGAAAAAGUUUUCUAUGGAUAGUUUUACAGUAUGUUUACA